AUGUAUUUGGAAGUUAUAGAAUGCUUACACCAAGUCAAUAGAUCAAUAUACGGUGUGCCGGCCAUUGUUGGUUUUAUUGGAGCAGAUGUUGCUGAAAUCAUAUUUACCAUAUACGGCCAUUUAUUAUUCCCUAGAGCUUAUAUCAAUGAUCCUCAUUUGGUAUUUGCUUUCAUAGCGUUGUUAAUGAAAACAGUUAAUGUUAUAGUCUUAUACACGAUUGGUGACGCCACCGAAAAAGAGGUAAAUCGGAUGAGUCUUGUCUUACAUCAACGAUCCUUAAUAGAAAAAAACCCUAGAAUUAAACGUCAGAUCAAGUUUUUUUUACUUCGAAGAUUACACGAACACUAUCAUUUCGAUCUGUAUGGAAUGUGUCAUGUUAAUAUAAGACAACUGUUUAAUUUAUCAAACAUAGCGAUUGGUUAUUUAGUAAUUCAAGUUUUGUUCAAAUUGAAUAAAUAA